AUGCAUUUGGAAUACUGUGAAGCUUUAGGGGCCAUUGGUAACCCCAAAGUGCUGGACCUGCUGAAACAGUAUUCUGAGGAUCCUGUUGUAGAGGUGGCGGAGACGUGUCAGCUGGCGGUCAGGCGUCUGGAGUGGCUGAGCGGCGGGGGGGGCCAGGGGGAGGAGGCGGUCGACGGGAACCCCUACUCCUCCGUGGACCCGGCCCCGCCGGCCCCCAGGAAGAGCGUCCCCGAGCUGAGGGCCCAGCUCCUGAGCGAGACGCUCCCGCUGUUCGAGCGCUACCGGGCCAUGUUCGCCCUCCGUAACCUGGGCACCGAGGAGGCUGUGCUGGCCCUGGGGGAUGGCCUGCAGCACGGCGGCGCCCUCUUCAGGCACGAGAUCGGGUACGUCCUGGGGCAGAUGCAGCACGAGGCCAGCGUGCCCCAGCUGCGGGCGGCGCUGGAGCGGGCGGGCGAGAGCGGCAUGGUGCGUCACGAGUGCGCCGAGGCGCUGGGCGCCAUCGGGGCCGAGGCCUGCCUGGCCGCGCUGCGCCGUUUCCGCGGCGACGCCGAGCGGGUGGUCAAGGAGAGCUGCGAGGUGGCGCUGGACAUGUACGAGUACGAGAACAGCGGCCAGUUCCAGUACGCUGACGGGCUGCAGCGGCUGCGGGGCGAGCAGUGA